AUGGCCUCUCACAGCCCAGAGCAUCUAAAUCGUGACCGUCUCUUCAACGUGUCGCAUGUGACGGCUGUGCUCACGGGGGGCGGCUCCGGAAUAGGAUUGAUGAUCACCCAGGCAUUGAUUGCCAACGGCGCCAAGAUCUACGUCGUGGACCGACGAAAAGACGCCCUGGACACGGUCCAGCGGCUGUACAACACCGGACCCGGCGAGAUGAUACCUCUUGUGGCCGACAUCAGCGUCAAAGCCGACGUGGUACGUCUGGCGGAGCAAAUCACCGCGUUGGAGCCCCAAGGCAUCCAGCUGCUCGUCAACAACGCCGGGAUUGCCUUGGACCACGCCACGAGGUUUGCGGACAGCGGCCAGCCGUGCAUGAGCAGUGCCACCGCCAUCUCGGAGCACUUCAUGCGCUCGGCGCCGAACGACUGGGCCGCGUCGUUUGCCACAAACGCCAUGGGCGGCUUCUUCAUGUCCAUGGCGUUUCUGCCGCUGCUCGAAAAGGGCUCCGCCGUAGUCGACGGCUACGCGUCCAGCAUCGUCAAUCUAUCCAGCAACGCGGCCUUUCUGAAGGACAGCUGCCGCGGGUACGUUUCCUACGCGAAGUACGUUUUUGCGAAACCCUGCGCUUGCUGGUGGGAGCUGACAGGGGCAGAUGACGACGGGUUCUUCGGGGCCGGAUCAAAAGUCGACGAUGAAUCGCCCGGUGACGAACGCUGCAGGCCAGGCGGGGAGAUGGACAUUGCCGCCACGAUAUUGUUUCUUGCGAGCGUGGGGGGGAGCUUUUACAACCAUCAGAUUCUGUUUCCAGACGGAGGGGAGACACUCAUCUGUCCUGCUGCUGUCUGA